AUGGGUUCCCCAAUUUCAGGGUUCAUCGCCGAGAUUGCAAUGCAAAAGCUGGAGAGGACCGUGUUGCCGGACAUCAACCCGAAGCUUUGGGUACGUUAUGUAGACGACACCUUUGUCAUCAUCAAGAAGAGAGAACUACAACGAGCAAUCCAAUUGAUAAACAGUGUCUCCGAUGACAUCAAGUUCACGAUGGAAGAAGAAAACAACAACAAGCUGGCGGUUUUAAACGUCCUCGUGUUAAAAUACAAACUCCUACCAGCUCAAUCCCCCGAACUCAAGAAAGAGAUUGACGAGGAUGGUACCAUUGCUCUAGCCACAAACGCUUCCAGGAAUCUGCAGCACGCACGUAGUUUGGGCAUCGAGGUAUCCUGGAGCAAUGGGCCUUCCAACCAGUAUUUCCUGCCUGAACGACUAUGCAAUGUCGAACGGCCUGCCGAACUGCGUCCUGAGGAUAUUCGUGGUCUAUUGGUGGCCCGCUUUAAAGGAACAUGUGUCGAACGGCCUGCCGAACUGCGUCCUGAGGAUAUUCGUGGUCUAUUGGUGGCCCGCUUUACAGAAAGGAACAUGCAAUAUUCAAUGACUUCCUUGGCUUCCUCAAAGCAGUAA